GAUUCUUUUCCACGAAGCAUUCCACGAAAAAUAUCGGGUGAUCACGCGUCUCACUAAAGGAUGUCCAGCGGAUAGUGACUUCUGUCCACUUGAUGUCUUCAUGAAACGUUCCAAAGCAUUCCUACCUGUCGAUAUCAAAAAGGAUUGCUUACCAACGAAAACAAAUGACGAGUUUAUUCGAAAAUGCAAUAGCAGUGUUUUUCAGUCACAAUAA